GGGAAAAGGGGCCGGCAAUGAAAUGGUCUCAAACAGAGCGGAAAAAAUCCCAUUUCAGGCAGCACCUGCUGCCUCUCCCGACCUUUAUUCCCAAUUUUUCCACUUUAUUCCCAAUUUUUUCCACCUCAUCCCAUCCCCAAAAAAAUUCCGGAUAAAUCCUCCCGGAGCUCCGCCGCAAACUGGAUUUUUAUUGCAAAAAAAACAGCAAAAAAAAUCACUUUAAACUCAUUUUUUUGGGAUUUUUUUAUUCGUUUUUCUCCUCGGAAAUGAAUGAAGGCGGUGGCACCAUGAGGGCCGUGCUCUGGGACCUGCUGCUGCUGUGGCUCUGCGCCCGCGCCCGCGGCGACUGCCGCGGCGACUGCCUGCACUGCGACCGGCAGCUCCAGCGCCACGGCUUCGACGUCCUCAUCUGCGUCCUGGAGUGCGAAGGCCGCGCCGUGCCGCGAGCCACCUGGGAGCUCUGCGCCGCCGCCGCCCGCCCGGCGCCGCGCCCGCGCCGCCUCCCCGCCCCGGCCUGGCCCUCGGGCGAAGCCGCGCCGCCCGCCGCCGCCGCCGCCAAAACCUCGGAGGACAUUUCCCGGCGCUCGCCGCCGCCGCCGCCGGCCAAGGAUGUGCAGAAACGCUACGGCGGCUUCAUCGGCGUGCGCAAGGCGGCGCGCAAGUGGAACAACCAGAAGAGGUUCAGCCAGUUCCUGCGGCAGUACCUGGGCAUGGCGCCGCGCUCCACGUUCCGGCCCCGCCUCCCGGCCCGGCGCCGCCAAAAUUAAAUUUUCUGCUCCGGCCGCGGCUCCGACCCCAGAGCGACGAAAGCGACAAAAAACUCCAAAAAUUCCGAAAAAGCCACCAAAAAACUCCAAAAAAUGUGAAAAAAUCGACCAAAAAACUCCAAAAAAUGUGAAAAAAAUCGACAAA